AAGCGCACGGGUCACCGGGGGUCGUAUGUAGUCUUCCGUCGCCAGCCGGUUUGUCCUUGCAAAACGCUCAUUAAUACAGCAAGCCUCACCUUGGCUUCUCGACUGGGUUAUGCUAUGGUCCUGCUGCCUGGUUUGCUUCUAUCAUCUCCCGGACAAGCCGCAGAUGUCAAGCGGGAACCGGAAGCAUUCACGCGGCGAAGCGGGCGUUCUCGCGCAAAGUCUAGCUGCAACCUGCCUCACCGAUAUCCAACUCCACGACCGCGAAGCUACACUACAAACUUUCUUGAUCAAUAA